UGCCCGGCGUUCGCAUUGCGCAGGCGCCGGCCCAUGUGCCGUAAAGUGUUGCGUGGGGGUGGUGUUGACUUUAUUUUUGAUGCUGUUGUACGGCACGCUGUAAAGCGACGCUAUCGGCGGGCGGCACGGAUCAUCCGGUCGAUUAGUAUCGACAUGUCGCUGUUCGGGGCGGAUGACGAUGAUGUCGAUUUCCUGUCACCGAGCGGCGGGUCCAAACUGGCCUCUCUAUUUGGCAUGGAUCAGGCUUCAACAGGUCAGGGGAACGAGUCCUUCCAGUAUACUGCCCCUAAGCAGCCGAAGAGAGGGACACCACCACCUGGAGCAGGUUCACAGAAGCCACCAGCUACUGCUGCUCCUCCAGCGGUCUUGUUUGCAACUGGAGUGCAUGCUUACCAAUAUGUGAAUGGUCAGUACGUGAAGCAGGGGAAACUAGGGGCAGCAAUUCUUGGAAACCAUGCUUCUGCAGAGUACAAGGUUCUCCUCUACGCCAGCCAACAGAAACGGAUUGCUGCUGCCCGCAUUUAUCCAGCUUUCACUUUUACUGUUCAAGCCAAUAAUUAUUGUGUGUUUUACGAUGACCAGCGGCAGAAUUGGUCAAUCAUGUUUGAUUCUGAGAAGGCUGUGAUGGAAUUCACCAAACAGGUGUGUUUGGCAAAAUGCAACAGCAUCCCGACACUGGAAUCUGUGCUGAUCCAAGAUCUAGCCCCAGGAGAAGGACAGGCAGUUGAAACAGGGGACUCUCUGGAAGUGUCCUACACAGGUUGGCUUUACCAGAACCACACGUUUGGACAGGUGUUUGACACGAAUGUGAAUAGAGACAAGUUGCUGCGGUUGAAAAUAGGAUCGGGGAAAGUGAUAAAGGGCUGGGAAGUUGGAAUGCUGGGAGUGAAGAAGAAUGGAAGAAGACUUUUGAUUGUACCUCCAGGUUUGGCGUAUGGAUCACAGGGAAUACCAAACCGGGUUCCAGCCAAUGCCACACUAAUCUUUGAAGUGGAGGUUAAAAGGGUAAAGUUUGCGAAGGAGUCAGGAUCUGACAAGCUGAGUACCAGCUCUCAUGAAUCUGCUACGUCUUCACCAGCCCCCAGCAUAGAAAGCCUGACCACAGAAACUGCGAUCCCAGCACCUGUGUCUGUGCCUCCAAAGCCUGGUUCCAAUGUGUACAUCGACAGCCUGCUGGACUCUUUCCCCUUAGAAUAUUCUGCACCAUCUCCAAAUGAUCCUUGAUCCUGGCACCAGGGA